AUGACUAAUGUCAAAUUAAAACUGAUCUUCUAUCUAUUGAACGCUCUCUUAUGCGUCGACCUGGUUCAUUCUCGACCUUUUCCUAAUGUUACGGACUUCAUAAACAAUAAUAGUACGUUCACUAUACCAGUCGAUUCAAACGCUGAUACACUUAUCGUGGCCGAAGAUGAUCCCGCUGAUGAAACACCUGAAGAGACGAAUAAAAGCUCCAAUAUCGAGAUGGAAGCCAUUGUCAACGCAGAGCAAGAUAGAGAUGAAGCUCUAUCCGAGAAGGUGAUAAAGGAUCAAGUUAGCAUUCUAGAAAUGACAAAAAACGAAGCAGAAGCGUUCGAGAAACAAUUAAAUUCAUCGAGUGCUUUGCUCGAAUCUAUGAUCGAUUCGGAAUCGGAUAGAGAGGAGACUCUAACAGACAUUUUAUUUAGACCAGAAUCUGAAUUCGUAGAAGCACCAAGAUUCGAAUUCUUGGUUGCCAGGCUCAACGACAGUGAGGGUAACCGAACUAUGUACAGUGAUAAUUUAGAUAGAGAUAGGAACACGAGUGAUGUGCUAAGAAAGGUUGACUAUGUGGAGUUAGUAGAAGUGCCCAGGCCAAAGCUAAGUGAGAAUAGAAGUGCUUAUACGGUUGUAAAUAUCACUGGACACGAAGUGGAUAACGACCUCGCGCCAGACACGAGUUUCACCGACGUGCAGACUCUCUUUCUGGCCUGCUUCGGGACCUUGCUGCCGCUGCUGGCUGUUCUCUUCGCGACUCUUCUUGUUAGAUGCAUGUGCCGGCGAUGGUGUCCGAGAUGUGCCAAGAAACCGGUUAACUCCUCUGCCUCCGUCAGCAGUGAUAAGCCAGACAGCAAUGAGCAGGUACAUUUGUCAUUCUUUGUCAACAACUUGUUGUACUAA